AUGAAUUGUGAAGCAGCAGAAAUUUUACAAGAAAUCCAGCAACACAUGACUGUUCUGUCUAUGGAUCCCAAGAUCAAAUUGCCUAGGAAUUAUAUUUUGUCAUUUAGCAAAGCGUUGCAGUACUCCAAGGUCAAUGGUACUGCACAAAUGUCCAGUCCAACUUUGAAGCUGAACGGGGUUACUGAAGCCGAGAUAUGCAUGAUCGGAAACAUUUGUCCUGAGACCGUUGAUGAAGUUUAUGCUCUAAUACCAUCCUUGAAGGUAAAUAAAUAUAAGAAUGAAGGAUCAAUCACAGAGGUGCUGCCUAGUCUGGCAACCUUCAGAGCUUCAAAAUAA